CAUCAAACCCAUACGUGUGGGGUAUCUAUGGAUAGGCCUUCAAAAAUGAUAUUUAGGUUCCUAAUAUCAUUUUUUUCUAAACUGAAUAGUUUGCGCGAGAGACACUUCCAAAGUGAAAAAAUGUGUCCCCCCCCCCCCUGUAACUUCUAAAAUAACAGAAUGAAAAAUCUAAAAAAAAUAUAUGAUAUACAUUACCAUGCAAACUUCCACCGAAAAUUGGUUUGAACGAGAUCUAUAUAGUAAGUAGUUUUUUUUAAUACGUCAUAAAUGGUACGGAACCCUUCAUGGGCGAGUCCGACUCGCACUUGGCCGCUUUUUAGUGUUUGUUGUUAUAGCGGCAACAGAAAUACAUCAUCUGUGGAAAUUUCAACUGUCUAGCUAUCACGGUUCAUGAGAUACGGCCUGGUGACAGUGGUGACAGACGGACGGACAGCGGAGUCUUAGUACCUCCGGGCCGAAAGGUCGGGUUCAUUGUUAUCCACAAUAAAAAUCGGUGGGCAACAAGGCCCGUUGGCAUGUGGAUGUAACGGACGUUUUCAAAAUACUGAUGACAUGAAGGUCAUGAUUGACAGUGAAGGUCGAUCUUAGACUAUGAACUUGUUGUCAACCACGCGAACGCAACGCAACUAACAGUCGUACUACUGCGACGACUCGACGAGUGUCACGCGCGCACAACUUCAAAAAAUGUGCACAUUGUAUUGCUGGUCAAAUGGAUACCUACUUUUAGAGAAUAUCCUCAAAUAAAAUAUUUCAUAGGACUAAAAUAUUGUAAUACCGACUGUGUGUUUUGAGGCGUCCCCCUCUAUCGUUUCUUUUUGCCAUAUUUCUAUUUCUAUGACGAUAGGAACUACCGUGAUCACCGAAGUUCACAAAUUGCUGGCUCCAAUUGAGGCGUAAUUAGAGUGACAGAGAAAGAUGCCCGCAAUUUGCAAACUCAUAUUUUCGCGGGAAGCCCUCUGAAUUUCGUCGUUUAGUCUGCGCUGAAGUAUCUACUUAGGUAAUUUCCCAAUUAGGUAUAUAUGUGCCUACCUACCUUAAGUCAUAUUAGGGUUACGUAAGCACAACAAAUAGGAAGAGGUUGCAGAGAUUGUAUAAUGUAAUUGCACCCUAUCGUAAGCGAAGCAAUGAUAAGAGCGGCGCUCUCGAUAAGAAAUUAGGUAAUCAACAAAUUUCAAUACGAGUUUAGUACAACCUUUAUUAUUUUAGGCAUAUACACAGUGUUUUAUUUAUUUACGUUACUUUCAAGGGUGCAUUUUAGAGGGUGCAGACGCCACUGAGGGGCAUACAUUGUAUUUCAGGUACAGCGGGGGGGAGGGGGGAGAAGGGGUCGGAAAUCAAGAAGUAAGUCAAAUUUAACUUGCAAGAAUUGAAUUUGACCCCUAUAAACAUACAUAGUUACAUACAUAACAGGGUGUUUAUCAUAGAUAAUAUACUUCUGUGAUCUGAGGUGUUUAUUUAGUCACCUGCAAUAAAUUACGGGGUGAAUAUAUAGGUCAUGCUGAGCAACUUUUACUAUGGGAUAAACACCGAAAUCGCGAAAAAAAAUUGUUGCUGGCUGUUUCAUACAUUUUGGCUGUCUGACGUCGAUAUUUUCUAUGGGAGAGUAAUUUUUUUUCUCGCUUAAUUAUUUGGGGGUUGGUCUCAUAGUAAAAGUUGCUCAAUAUUCGCUCAUAGUAAAAGUUGCGCUAUAGAUUCAGCGCGUAAAUUAUUGCAGGGUGUUUAUUUACCCUGUAUAUUGAUAUUGAUACCCGAGCAAUCGAAAGAUCUUUAAAUUGAAAAAUGGAAUCUUGAGCGUUGCGAGACUUUCAAAGCACAAGAGUUAAACAAACUUUGCUCCUGAGAAAAAAAUUAUUAACGUAUUGACCAUGUUCGUAGUAUAUUAUGGUUUGGUGGUUUUACAGUAGGUACCUAUUGAUAUUGCAGUUUUAAGUGUCGUGUGUUUCUGUUUACCCAGUUUAACUCCCUCCGCCGGUCGCUCAUAUAACACUUCCUUUCAUUUCGCCUGAUAAUGACGGAUUCUACUUGUUAUUAGGAAUAAUGGCGAUCCCUUUCUACACUGCCUACUUCCGCGUGCAACAAUAUAAAAUGUCCAAUUUUCUGUAUUGGUAUCACAUUACAAGUAUCCCUUGAUAUAAGACGGACAACAACCAUGUCUUUUAAAGUUUUGGUAUUUGUCUUCACUCUCGCCGCUGCAGCCAUCUGCAGUAAGCCCGAUAAGCGCAGCCUGGGCUGGGACCUCACCCCGGUCAACGCUAUCGGAGCUCCUUGGAGACCUGUGGUGCUUUCACAUGAUUCGAGUGCAGACGUAGCGGGGGCAGUAGCGGCAGCGAAGGCAGCAGCAGCCGCGGUGAUGGCCGCUCAGCACCAAGUCACGGCCGCAAAGCACGCUGCGCUCGAGCAGCAGAGUGUCGCCAGCGCUAAGGAGGCUGCGGCCGCUCAUGCAGCGCAUAAAAGCGAGGAAGCGGCCAGGCACGCUCGCGCGCACGCGCUCGAAGCAGCGCAGGCGGCGGUGCAUGCGCAAGCACAGUUGGCGGCAGCGAAGGCGCGCGCGGCGGCCGCGCAGAAGAUCGCCGCAGCCCGAGAGGCGGCCGCUGCCCGCGCUAUCCAGCAAGCAGCGCAUAACCAGGCUGCCAGACUGCACAACGCUGAUCUAGAAUCAGUGAAGCUGUCGGUACUGUCAAGCUCUGGGGCCGCCGGCGCCGCCGGCGCAGCGCACCACGCCGCCUCUGCCGCUGCGGCCGCGCUGCAACCAUCCUGGGCGCCCUGGGCCUGGCCCGCGCCCACCUGGACACCGCCUCAACACGGAGCUUGGGCUUGGUCUUGAACACUUGAACGUUAAAACUAAGGCUUUGGUCUUCAGUUGUCGCCGUACGUAUAUGCUGUGUACAGCGUCGUAGUUUAUGGGAGACCAAGGCCUAAGCCCUCGUUUCCGUGCAUGUAAGCAAUACAAUUAAAAGAAAAAUGGGUAUUGAAUUAUCUAGAAUACUA